GUUUCCGAUCCGGAUGUGACGUCCGAAACGUUGGGCCAGAUUGCGCCUUGGUGAUUGGUGACAUCUGUUCUUGAUGGACGGGAGUCUUCGCCAAUACAAACUGGAUACGGGCGAGACCUCCAACCAAUCCCGAGCAGGAGUCGCGGCGGCGAAGGCGCGUCUGGUUCGGGGGAGGUCACCCGCGCGCCUGGGAUGAAGUGGCGGUUGACGCUCGAGUCCCGCUUCUCCGCGCAUCCCGACUCCCGGGCCUGGUAUGUGGCCUGGAGCCCGAGCGGUACGCUGCUGGCUUCGUGUGGAGGCGAUCGGGCAGUGCGUAUCUGGGCCAGAGAAGGGGCCUCCUGGCUGUGCAAGUGCCUCCUGGAAGAUGGGCACCAGCGGACCGUGCGGAAGGUCUCUUGGUCGCCCUGCGGUACCUACCUGGCUUCGGUCAGCUUCGACGCCACCACCUGCAUCUGGAGGAAGAAAGAGGCCGCAUUUGAGCUUUUGACAACACUGGAAGGACACGAGAAUGAAGUGAAAUCUGUCGCCUGGGCUCCAUCUGGCAAUCUCCUUGCAACUUGCAGCCGGGAUAAAAGUGUAUGGGUUUGGGAAGUGGAUGAAGAUGAUGAUUAUGAGUGUGUGAGUGUACUGAAUGCUCAUACCCAGGAUGUCAAACAUGUAAUCUGGCAUCCAAAUGGAGAGUUCCUGGCUUCUGGAAGCUAUGAUAAUAGCAUUAAGCUAUAUAAGGAGGAAGAUGAUGACUGGGUCUGUGUUAACACUCUUGAAGGUCAUGAGUCUACAGUUUGGAGCAUCGCAUUUGAUAAAACGGGAGAGCAUUUGGUAUCUUGCAGUGAUGACAAAACUGUUAAAAUCUGGAAAGCUUACAGGCCUGGCAAUGAACAAGGUGUGAUAUGCAGUGGAUCAGAUCUUUCUUGGAAAUGUAUCUGCACUCUAUCUGGCUUCCACAGUCGCCCUAUCUAUGACAUUUCUUGGUGUCACAUGACGGAUGCGAUAGCAACUGCAUGCGGUGAUGAUGCAAUCCGGAUAUUUGAGAAGGACCCUAAUUCGGACCCACACCAACCCACCUUUUCACUCACGGCCCACAUUCCAAAGGCACACACUCAGGAUGUCAACUGUGUGGCUUGGAACCCCAAGCAGGCAGGGUUGUUGGCAUCCUGCAGUGAUGACGGGGACAUUGCUAUCUGGGUGUACACGUUCGAAGAUUAGUGCAAGCAUGCGUUCAGAGGUGUGCUAUAUGACAAUGCGACUGUCCUACGCAACUGCAUUGCUUGUGCACUGUCCAGUCUGGAAUUUUACACCAUGACUACUUCAUGUACCGAUUUUCACAUUUGCACUAAUUAUUUUGCCACUCGCUGGUCAUGUUCUGCAUAUUAAUAAAUUGUAUAGAACUUAACAAUUAAAAACAAUUUGUUUAUA